UCACCUGGUCUGGGUAGAGAGAGAGAGAGAGAGAGCAGAGGAAGAAGCCAAAGUUUCAGUCCCACCAAGUGAUUAAAACUGCCCUUUCCGCUCCCACCAUUGUCUCCCUCUCGCUCUUCCCCUACUUUCUCUCUCCUUCCGCCAUCUGGACACCCUCCCCUCUCUCUUCCUCUGUUCCUCAGAAGACAGCCCCGGCCCGGAGCUUAAGCAAGUUCUCGCCUUUGUGGAGAAAUGACGGACACGACAGACGACAUAGCUGAGGAAAUCUCGUUUCAGAGCUUCGACGAUGACUGUAAGCUGCUGGGUAACCUCCUCAACGACGUCCUCCAGCGUGAGGUCGGCCACAAGUUCAUGGAGAAGCUCGAGCGGAAUCGCAUUCUUGCUCAGAGUGCUUGUAAUAUGAGGAUGGCUGGGAUUGAAGAUGCUGCUGAGCUUCUUGAGAAGCAGUUGGCAUCAGAGAUAUCGAAUAUGGACUUGGAGGAAGCCCUGACCCUCGCCCGUGCUUUUAGCCACUAUCUUAAUUUGAUGGGUAUCGCAGAGACCCAUCACAGGGUGCGAAAGUCUCGGAAUUUCACUCACCUAUCAAAAUCUUGCGAUGAUAUAUUUAAUCAGUUGGUGCAGGGAGGAGUUUCCCCUGAUGAACUUUAUACUACAGUCUGUAAGCAGGAGGUUGAAAUUGUCCUCACUGCACAUCCUACUCAGAUCAACCGUCGAACAUUGCAGUACAAACACAUAAGAAUAGCUCACCUGUUGGACUAUAAUGACAGACCUGAUCUUACUCAUGAAGAUAAAGAAAUGGCCAUAGAAGAUCUGAUGAGAGAAAUAACGUCUAUUUGGCAAACGGACGAGCUCAGACGCCACCAACCAACCCCAGUAGAUGAAGCCAGGGCAGGGUUGAACAUCGUGGAGCAGUCCCUAUGGAGAGCUAUCCCCCAUUAUUUGCGCCGUGUCAGCAAUGCUUUGAAGAAGCACACAGGACGAGCCUUGCCUUUGACUUGCACGCCUAUAAAAUUUGGAUCUUGGAUGGGAGGUGACAGAGAUGGGAAUCCCAAUGUGACGGCAAAGGUCACAAGAGACGUGUCUUUGCUUUCGAGGUGGAUGGCCAUGGAUCUCUAUAUCAGGGAAGUUGAUAGCUUGAGAUUUGAACUGUCAAUGAAUCGGUGCAGCCAUAAGCUGCUACGGCUAGCUCAUGAACUUCUGGAAAAAGAAACUUCCAUGGAGGAUCGGCACGAGAGUCGGAAUCAAUCAAUGAGUAGAAGUCAGCUGAAGCAUCAUUUUCAACUUGCUCCCUCCCUUCCAACUCAACUUCCUGCUGGAGCUGACUUGCCGUCUUGCACAGAGUGCAACGAUAACGAAUCUAAGUAUCCAAAACUUGAACUUCCUGGAACAGAUUACAUGCCAUUAAAUCGCCAGGAUGCUCGGGCUACCACGGUCAAGGAGUCCCCUUUGAAUUCUUCACAGAAGCCAGCUGAAAAUGAAAAUUCAUCCAAUUCUAAUGGAUAUCAGCCUCCUCUGACUCCGCGGUCUUCUGCCUCUGGAUCAAGUCAACUCCUUGCUCAGAAGAAACUAUUUGCCGAAUCUCAGGUUGGAAGGUCGAGUUUCCAGAAGCUUCUGGAGCCCAGCCUGCCUCAACGUCCUGGGAUUGCUCCGUAUAGGAUUGUGCUUGGUGAUGUAAAGGAUAAGCUCAUGAAGACACAAAGAAGGUUGGAGCUUCUGCUUGAGGACCUUCCUUGUGAAUAUGAUCCGCAUGAAUAUUAUGAAACCACCGACCAACUCUUAGAGCCUCUUCUUCUCUGUUACGAAUCUCUGCAAUUGAGCGGUUCCGGGGUGCUUGCCGAUGGGAGGCUUGCUGACCUGAUAAGAAGAGUUGCUACCUUCGGGAUGGGACUAAUGAAACUUGAUUUGCGCCAGGAAUCAGGUAGACAUUCUGAAACUCUUGAUGCUAUUACAAAGUAUCUCGAUAUGGGUACGUACAGCGAGUGGGAUGAAGAGAAGAAACUGGAGUUCCUAACGAGAGAACUCAAGGGAAAGAGACCUCUAGUUCCGCCUACCAUAGUGGUGCCCCCAGAUGUGCAAGAAGUUUUGGACACAUUCCGAGUAGCUGCUGAGCUAGGAAGUGAUUCCCUUGGUGCUUAUGUGAUUUCCAUGGCUUCAAAUGCGAGUGAUGUUCUUGCUGUGGAACUCUUGCAGAAAGAUGCUCGACUUGCUCUAAGUGGGGAACUGGGAAGACCCUGUCCUGGUGGAACGUUGCGGGUUGUUCCUCUGUUCGAGACAGUGAAGGACCUCAGGGGAGCCGGUUCGGUUAUAAGGAAGCUACUGUCCAUUGAUUGGUACAGGGACCACAUCAUAAAAAAUCACAACGGUCACCAAGAGGUUAUGGUAGGAUAUUCGGAUUCGGGUAAAGAUGCUGGCAGAUUCACUGCUGCAUGGGAACUAUAUAAGGCUCAAGAAGAUGUUGUUGCAGCGUGCAACGAGUUUGGUAUCAAAGUUACCCUGUUUCAUGGGCGAGGGGGGAGCAUUGGGCGUGGUGGGGGGCCGACAUAUCUUGCUAUUCAAUCCCAACCGCCCGGUUCUGUCAUGGGCACGCUUCGAUCGACUGAGCAAGGAGAGAUGGUACAGGCCAAGUUCGGUCUACCACAGACAGCAGUCAGGCAGCUCGAGAUAUACACAACGGCCGUACUCCUGGCAACUCUGCAGCCCCCUCAACCUCCCCGAGAACUAAAGUGGCGGAACCUAAUGGAGGAAAUCUCAAAGAUAAGCUGUGAGAGGUACCGAAGCACGGUCUAUGAGAACCCAGAAUUCCUGGCCUACUUCCAUGAGGCGACUCCGCAGGCUGAGUUGGGUUUCCUCAACAUAGGGAGUAGGCCCACAAGGAGGAAGAGCUCGACAGGGAUUGGGCACCUGCGGGCCAUCCCAUGGGUCUUUGCGUGGACUCAGACACGGUUCGUCCUCCCCGCAUGGCUUGGGGUUGGGGCGGGUCUGACGGGAGCUUGCGAGAAGGGUUAUACUGAAGACCUUAGAGCCAUGUACAGAGAGUGGCCCUUCUUCCAGUCCACAAUUGACCUCAUCGAGAUGGUUCUCGGGAAGGCGGACUUCCCGAUUGCCAAGCAUUAUGAUGAGGUGCUCGUGUCCGAGAGCCGUAGGGAGCUCGGGGCUGAUCUAAGAAGGGAGCUAUUAGCCACGGAGAAGUUCGUGUUGAUUGUCAGUGGCCACGAGAAACUGUCACAGAACAACCGUAGCCUGAGGAGGCUGAUUGAGAGUAGGUUACCCUACUUGAACCCAAUGAACAUGUUGCAGGUCGAGAUUCUGAAGAGGCUGAGACGGGAUGAUGACAAUAACAAGCUUAGGGAUGCGUUGCUCAUCACUAUAAAUGGAAUCGCAGCAGGCAUGAGGAACACGGGUUAAUGAAGGAACCUUCCCUGUGGUCCGGAGAAACAAAGUUGUUGACAUAGACUAUUUAAAUUCCCGAAUUCUAAUAUGCUGGAGAGAUGGGCAGUAAGUUCUCUGCUGGGCAAUAUCUAGUUCUCUACGAGAGAUCUGCUAUUAUGUUACACGUAUUAUAUGUACAGACAUGCAUCUUACUCCUAGCUCGCAAUCGGUUUACAUCUUUGAACUUGAUGCCUCUAUAACGUAGGGAGAUGAUGAUGGAUGAUGUCUUUUGGGUACUACUGGGUAAUUAUGUAUGGGAAUCAGAUACUCUCGUUCAGAUCGACUAGUCUAGUUUGGUCGUUGUAAGAAGUUUGGGUUGAAGCAUUUGGUUUGCAUAAACAUGAGUACUUUUCGUA